GCUUCCCCGCUGGCGGGCGCGAUGGCGCAGAGUGAGGUCCUGGCGUGCGCGGGCCCCGUGCUGUGGCCGCGCGUGGUGCUCUUCGGAGACUCCAUCACGCAGUUUUCUUUUCAGCAGGGUGGAUGGGGAGCAGCACUGGCUGACAAGCUGGUCAGAAAAUGUGAUGUCCUGAACCGUGGAUUUUCAGGUUACAAUACCAGAUGGGCCAAAAUCAUCCUUCCAAGAUUAAUUAGGAAAGGAUGCUGUUUGGAAAACCCAGUAGCAGUUACCAUUUUCUUUGGUGCAAACGACUCUGCACUAAAAGAUGAGAAUCCCAAGCAGCACAUCCCUCUGGAUGAGUAUGCUGCAAACCUGAAGAGUAUGGUGCAGUACCUGCAGUCCGCGGAUGUCCCUGGGGACCAAGUCAUUCUCAUCACGCCACCCCCCCUCUGCGAAACAGCCUGGGAAAAAGAGUGCAUUGUGCAGGGCUGCAGACUAAAUCGCUUGAACUCAGUAGUUGGCAAAUAUGCUAAUGCAUGUGUACAAGUGGCUCAGGACUGUGGGACUGAUGUCCUUGACCUCUGGACCCUGAUGCAGAAGGAUAAUCAGGACUUCUCAGCCUACUUAUCCGACGGGCUGCACUUAUCCUCGAAGGGAAAUGAGUUCGUGUUCACACACCUCUGGCCUCUCAUAGACAAGAAGCUCUCCUCUCUGCCUCUGCUGCUUCCGUACUGGAGAGACGUGGCAGAAGCCAAGCCAGAACUGAGUCUGCUGGGCGACGGAGACCAUAGAAAGCCCCAGGAGAAACCUAAGAAUGGUCGAAUGACACUUUAUACUAAAAAGAAGAACCCAAAACCUGAAAGCGCAAAAAUAAGCCAGAUUAACCUUACCUCUUCCAACGGAAAAGGGCCUCCCCACCUAGGAUGGCUUAUGCAAAGGAAGCUCAACACAUGACCAGCAUCUGAUCCGUCACUUCCCAUUCCUCCCCAUCUUCACAAAAUACAGGCCAUGAUUUUAAGUCAACUGUAUGAAAACCCUGCGCAGGGCUGGGGGCCAGGGCCCUCCGCUAGCACUCUGUCUCCUUGCUGUCCACACGGCUCUGGCGCUGCAGCUUAAAAGAGGCGGCCUUCUCACUUCUGGUGACCGGGUGAUGUGUGAGGUCCUCAAAGGACUUGGCAGCCGCACUGCUGCUGGGGAAAGGGUCCUUCUCAAAGCCAUCCUCAUCCACAUGGGAGUCUGUGCUGGGAUCUUCCUGGAUGGUGUCCAUUCUCUGGUGGUCUGGUUUUGGAGCAGCCGACACUGGGGGCAUGAUGGGGGCUGCUUGUAGGGGCUGUAGGCGCCCGGGAGUCUGGGGUGCAGGAAAGGGCUUGAUAAUACGAACUGAUGCUGAAUCCAUGCUGCUUAGCAUUUCAACGUUCUGGAAAGGUGUGCGGUUCAAUGGAUGGGGAAUAAAAGUGAAUCAAUGGUCAUUAAGGUCCACCCUUCCCUACCAUGUGACCCUGUGCUCUGGGCACUGAUUGUUCUUGCUAAGCAAAAUGACAGAAGGCUUGCUUAGUCUAAAGAGCGGCUCAAGCAUGUUCACAUGUCCUGACUGGUCUACUGGCCCCAGAAACUCAAGCCCAUCAAAGAAACACCUGCAAACCGCAGAUCAGUGCCACGUCACUGCUCAUGCCUGUGCUGGGGAGUCCAGGGUUCAUGCCCACUAAGUCUCCGUCCCUCCAGUUCAGACCAGUAAGCCUCCAUCACUGCUGUUGGUAGCAGUCCCGGCUAACCUCCGCCCUCCUGCUACAACACUGCUUUCACUAGCACGAGCAGAAGAGCUCUUGGUGGGUCUCAACUGACAGUCGUGGCUAAGCAGGGACACUGCUCUUCUUCCAUGAGGUGUACUUACACUGUGGUGAAAGAGAGACAGGGAUUCGUACUGCUUAUCCAAUUUCUUAUCCUAGAAAGAAAAAAAGGAAGCAAGCAGGUCACUUCUACCCCCUAAAUUUCUUGAUUAGGAAAAUACUCCUACACUGAGUAAACUAGACCCUGCACUUAGAAAGUGGGAUAGGGAUAGAUUAGGAAAAUACUCCUACACUGAGUAAACUAGACCCUGCACUUAUUAUGUUCAACUUUGCAGUAAAAGCAACAGUGAAGGGCAGAUGUGCAGUCCAGAGACUUGUCCUCCGACAUGGCUUCCUGCACUACGACCUCCCAAGCUUGCUUUGGUAGUAGAGGAGUUCGGCGCUGCAGAAGCAGAGGCUGUUCAGUGAGCACGCCCCUGGGCCAGACAAGCCAGUUGGAAGGGCCAGGAACCAAGAAAACAGGAAUGCACCUUUGCUGCUCACAGGAGGACACGGAUAGAGAGCUACAGGGACCAAGAGUCUAGAUGCUUGUGGGGGGCCUCAUCUGUCUAUCACACAAUCCCAUUCCCUAAAGAUGUGAGUGAAUGGACUUGGAAACUUGAAAAGCUCAACUCUAGCUAAGGCUGACCUCUUGGAAUUCACUCUGUAGUCCUGGGCUGGACUGAGUGCCAUAUGCCUGGCUAGUUCAUUUUUAAAACUCAUCAGCUAAACAUUCUGUAAGAUAAACUCUUAGGAGUAAUACUAAAAAAUAUUUGAAACAUCAGGUCAAAUGUUGCUAUCUAAUUUUAUAUUUUCAAAAGAAUACAUGGUUUGGAAAAAAAUAAUACAUGGUUGGAAUUGUUCAAAAUUUUUGUAAAAUGUUUACUUAGAAGUUUUAACUUACCACACAGUGGACAAGAAUGCUGAAAGGAAUCCAAAAUAUCAGAGAGAAAACAAGGACGGAUCCUACAAUAUUGUCUGCCAAAAACUUUCCUGUGAACAAUUACAAACAGUUAAUAUAUCGACUGACUACUUUACAAAUUAUGAAACAUUCUUGAAUAUGGCUGGAUGCUGCUGACCUUGCACUGAAAUGCACUGUGCAGUUAGGGUUGAGGAGGCUGGUAAGUUUGUUUCCUGCACUGAAAUGCCCUGAAAUGCACUGUGCAGUUAGGGCUGAGGAGGCUGGAGUUUGUUUCCUGCACUGUCAACAGAUGAGGCACAGCACAGUACUACAGCGAUUGCUUAAGACAACAGCAUUUUUAUUAUCUGGAGAUUAGCGCUUUUACAACUAAACCCCAAAUUAUGGGCUCCUGCUUUCUGCAAAAUCUGAGUUCCACUUGUAAAUAACUCAUAUGUCAAAGACAAUUAAGACUUAGACCUUCCAAGGCUCAGGGUCCAUUGCAGGAGAGGUGGCGGAAAGAAUGUAAGAGCCAAAGGGCGGGACUCCUUACAACGUGCUCCUCCAGACACAAAAUGGCCUGGAUAUCCAUGAC